AUGGAAUUUAUAUUAUGGAAUCGUGAAAAUUUUGAUAAAAUUUAUAAUUGUACGGGAAUUAAUGUUGAUGAUAUUCCAAUUGAAAAAAGAAGAUAUCCAAUAACUGCAAUUAUUUGUAUAUUACUUGGAUCUAUAUAUUAUCCUUUAUAUUUUCCUUGUCUUUACUCUUUUUGGAAAAAUAGAACAAAAAAUCCUUGUUAUAUACUUUUAAUUUAUCUUUCAUUAAUGGAUAUUUGUAUACUUUGGGUGCCAACUUUUGCUGUUGGAAUUUUUAGUCUAAAUGGGGUUGUCUAUUGCUCUUCCCCUUUUUUAACGUAUUUUGUUGGUUCUGAGGUUUUAUGUAUGUUUUAAAUUUUAUGAUUAAAUAUUGUAGGUUAGGUAAUAAUAGGGUUGCCGUUUUAUAGUCGGCUCUACGGUUGAGGCAUUUUUUGGGUAUUGUUUUUAUCGAGUCGGGCACAACGAGCACUUUCG